UCAAUCUUUCAAACAGAAAUCUUUACACUUACUCUUGUAAUAUCGUUUUCAAAGCAAACGUUUUCCGUUAAGGUAAUGUAUAGCGUAAAAUACAAUGUAAAAGAUCGUUCAAUGACUAUGUUGGAAAAUAUGAAAGAGGAAAAAUAUCUCUCUUUCUAGUAUAUUCCCCUUGAUCGUGAACAAUAACAUCAGAAAUCUUUUUCCUCGUCAAAUUUACUUCCUUAUAUCUCCCCAUCUCCCCAUGUCGAGAGGACUUGCACGCAGCACGCAAUGAAAUUCCAAGAACUGCAAUUCACUGCCGUGUUACUAAUAAUGAAACGGCCAGCAAGUAGAAAGGGUAGGAAGGAAUCAAUUGCGUUCACGCAUCUUCAUGAGCGAACGGAAAACGCACAUGCGCGUGUCAAACGGCUGACUAUCAGUUCACUGACGCUCAGUCAGUUGCGUGCAUCGUCGCGAUUUAGUCAUCAACAUGCUCGAUCAUCCCAAGUCGAAGUCCGUCGAGCUCGUGACGGACAACUGGAAGUAUAGCAUUCAGAUGAACCGAUGGUUCCUGAAACCGAUCGGCGCGUGGCCGUUGACGCUCUGCGAGACCACGUCGGAGAAGCUCGGCUGCAUGAUUUUGACAGUGGUCAGUUGUUUCCUGAUAUGUUUCCUGCUCGUGCCAUGCACUCUCUGCACCAUCCUGGUGGACACUGACCUUGAUACCAAGAUCAGGAUGAUCGGUCCGACCAGUUUUAUCCUGAUGGCUGCGGUGAAACAGUACAUCCUCAUCGCCCGCAGUGAAAAUAUCAGCGAGUGUAUCCGACACGUACGCGCGGAUUGGAAUCAUGUCGCGUCAGGUCGCGAGAAAGAUCGGGAAAUAAUGCUAAUCAACGCUAAAUUUGGCAGGUGGCUCUCUUCUUUCAGCGCGAUCUUCAUGUAUUCCGCCGGUAUAUUCUUUACAACAGUGAUGCCGAUUUGCGCGAGGCGGACCGAGAUUAUCGACAAUGAGACGGUGAGAUCGCUCUCUUUCCCGAUCUACCGUGGUCUCUUUGAUCCGAGAUCCACGCCGUCUUUCGAAAUCGCGCAAUUCACUCAAGCUUUAGCCGGUUACGUCAUUUACACAAUUACCAUUGGAGUGUGUAGUCUGGCAGCUGUAUUUGUCAUGCAUGCUUGCGGCCAGUUGCGGAUACUUAUGCUGAAGAUGGACGAUCUUGCGGAUGGAAAAGAGAGGAAGAGUGCAAGUAAUACACAUAAGGGAAGGCUCGGUGAUAUUGUAAAACAUCACAUGAGAAUACUCAGUUUUAUCACUCGUACUGAAGAUCUUUUAAAUGAAAUUUGUCUCGUGGAUGUAGUUGGAUGUACGCUCAAUAUAUGUUUUCUGGGAUUUAAUAUGAUGACGGAAUGGGAACACCGUGAAACUUUAGGAACGAUGACAUUCUGUUCGUUACUCAUAUCCUUCACAUUCAAUAUUUUUAUCCUUUGCUACAUUGGCGAACUUCUCGCAGAACAAUGUAUACAAAUCGGUAUAAAAUCUUAUAUGAUAGACUGGUAUCGCAUACCGAAUAAAGGUGCACUUGGUUUGACAUUAGUAAUGGCUAUGUCCAACGCCACAAUCAAACUUACAGCCGGAAAAUUUAUGGACUUAUCUUUGGCCAGUUUUUGUAGUAUCGUAAAAGCGUCCGUGGCAUACUUGAAUUUACUCCGUACGUUUUACGUCUAAUACGAUGGCAUCAUUGUUAUGGGAUGUAUUAUAGUAAUGCUAGCAAUAAAAAAUAUAUUUAAUAAAAAUUAGAUAUACGUAAUGCAUGUUUGUUAAUAUCAUGUUAUAUAAUUUAUCGUUUACAUAAAUGUAAGUAUUAAAUAGAACUUAGUACGAUUAAGCAGAAUUGAAUUUAUUUAGGAUAUUGAAAUUAAAAUUGUGAAUAAACUAAUUUUCUCAAUGAAAUAUAAAAUUAUAAAUUCUGUCAUAUGAAUUAUUACGCAAAGUAUAUAGUUAUGUCCUGCAUGCUAUUCUAUUUAUUGAACUUUCAACGUUGCGUUACGUACUAUGGAAAUAGUGGAAUAUAUCCGCGUAACUAUGUCAGAACUCAUGAACUUCAUGUCCUUACUUACUUUUAUGUAUCAUCGACAUGAUGAUUC